GAAUUUUUUGAUUUGAGACAAAUAAGAAGGUGGAUCUACAUAGACCAGUUCAAGUAUCACCGUAAGAGAACAAGAAUUCUUUGGUCAAUAGUUGGAUUGAUUUUUAUUUAGCAGAGAGGAAAGGUCUAGAGAGGGAGAGGAAUGGCGAUCUUGUACGCGCUGGUUGCGCGAGGAUCUGUGGUUUUGGCGGAAUUCAGUACAACAUCAACGAAUGCAAACACGGUUGCUCGUCAGAUCCUGGAGAAGAUCCCAGGCAACGACGACAGCCAUGUUUCCUACAGUCAGGAUCGCUACAUCUUUCAUGUCAAGAGGACCGAUGGGCUUACUGUUUUAUGCAUGGCCGACGACACCGCUGGAAGGAGAAUUCCUUUUGCAUUUUUAGAAGAUAUUCAUCAAAGAUUUGUGAAGACGUAUGGCCGUGCUGUUCUUACAGCUCAGGCUUAUGGUAUGAACGAAGAAUUUUCAAGAGUUUUGAGCCAACAAAUUGACUAUUAUUCCAAUGACCCUAAUGCAGAUAGGAUGAACCGGUUGAAAGGCGAAAUGAGCCAGGUGCGCAAUGUCAUGAUAGACAAUAUUGAUAAAGUUUUAGAGAGGGGAGACCGCCUAGAACUGUUGGUCGAUAAGACUACUCAUAUGCAAGGAAACACAUUCCGUUUCAGAAAGCAAGCUCGCCGUUUCAAGAGCACUGUGUGGUGGAGAAAUGUCAAGCUCACGGUUGCAUUGAUAGUCCUCCUCUUGAUUAUUAUUUAUGUUGUGGUUGCAAUUGUUUGCCAUGGGCCUACAUUGCCUUCCUGCCGGAAGUGAAAAAGUGUUGAUUGGCUUUGGAGUAGCAGUUUCGUGAAGUUGCCAUUUUUCAAGUUCUUGUGUUGCUUCAGGUUUUAUAGCUGUAGUUUGAUGUAUUUGUGUGGUCUUUUCUCUUAUGGAGGUUUCAGCUGAUUAUGUGC